CGGACGCAGAGACCCCAGCGGAGCCCCUGGGAGGUCUCGCAGGACCAGCAGAGGGCCCUGUUCCGGCUGACCUCGCGCACCGAGCCGCCGCGCGAGCUGCGGGUCUUGCUGACCCCGCACAGCUUCGAGGUGGAGGAGGAUUCCCAGGGCGGCGAGCUGCGCGGCGAGCAGCUGGAGACGUUCGAGCAGGUGCUGAGCGCCAUGGACGGCGCCAGCGCCUUCGGCUCGCGCCUCUGCGGCCUCGUCAACGACCAGCUGCAGCAGGCGCUGGCCUCCUCGGCGGAGCUCGCGGCGCGGGCGGCGGCCGCGGCCGAGGACGCCGCCGCCGAGGACGCCGCGCCGCCCGCCGGCGCCGGCG